UUUAGUCAACGUCAGCUUUGUAUAUUGUAUAACUGUCAUGUUAUACAGAAAAUUGUUCGAUUUACAGCUUUUGCUAAUAUUGUCAUUGGCUGCUCUUGGCAGGCAGUUUGUGUCCGGUGAGGAGCGUGUGAGGCGUCUGGCCACACCAAGCUUUAGCGUCGAUGUCUAUGAAAAGCUGGCCAAAUAUGUGGUGUCCAUCAGAUCGCGUACGCCGCGCACAUUCUUUGGCGAUAAUCAUUUCUGCGGCGGCUCCAUAGUGUCGCUCACAUAUGUGCUAACCUCUGCGAAGUGUGUGAUGGACAAACGCAAGGUCGUUCACCGAAGUCGAUUGAUACUGAUUGUGGCUGGAACCCCCAAUCGAUUGAAGAUCGUUCAUCGUCAGACUUUGAAUAUGCCGGCCAAGAAGAUAUUUGUGCCCGAAAACUAUACCGUGCAUAAUACUAACAAUAUUGCGCUCAUUAAGCUGAAGCAUAAGCUGCCCUCGGACAAUCGGCACAUUGGGGUUUUAAAUCUGCCGCGCGGUCCACCCACAUCUGGUAUUUUGUACAAGGUCAUGGGCUGGGGGCGCCUCUACAAGGGCGGUGUACUCGCUUCCAGAAUACUCUUUGUCGAUGUCAUGUUGCAGGAGCGAGUCAUAUGCGAGCGACUGCUACAUCCCUUCAUGCCGGAAAUGAUGUGCGCCGGCAAUUUGAACUCCACUCUAGACGAAGAACCCUGCCCGGGCGAUGCCGGUUCUCCGCUUAUGGUUAAUCUAACUGUUUAUGGCGUGACUAGCUAUCCCGUUGGCUGCGGCCACAGUCAGUUGCCUUCCAUCUAUACGGAUGUCUGGUAUCACAUGAAGUGGAUCGAUGAAAUCAUGAACAGCAAUGGCUGUCGGAUAUAUAACCCUCCGCCUGUCUACUUUUUUGCCUUGGUUUUGCUAUAUGUUCGGGGGAAUCACAAUUUAAUCUGAACCUGUAGCUUUGUUUCUUUGAGACUAAUAUAUUUUUUAUUUAGCUUAA